CCCCGACCUGCCAUUGUUGCGUGCGCCCACCACCAUGCGGUCUUCCGUCUCUACCGCCACGCUGCCCCAGAAGAAGCCCGCCGCCCGGGGCCUUACCGCCAAAGCAGAGAAGCCCGAAGAGCCAAAAUUGGAGAAUGAGCACGACCACUUCUUUUGGACAUACACAGAAGAGCCGCACCGGACACGCCGCAUGGCCAUUAUCAAGGCACAUCCAGAAGUAACCAAGCUCUGCGGCCCCGAGCCGCUCACCAAAUACGUCGUCCUGCUGGUCGUGUCGGUACAAGUCGCCUGCGCAUACCUCCUCCGCAAUACUCCUGUCUUGUCAUGGCCCUUCCUGCUCACCGCCUACGCGAUUGGUGCCACAGCCAACCAGAACCUCUUCCUCGCCAUCCACGAGAUAUCUCACAACCUGGCCUUCCGAUCGCCCUUGGCAAACAGACUCUUUGCUGUCUUUGCAAAUCUGCCAAUCGGCAUUCCCUACAGCGCCUCGUUUCGGCCUUACCACCUCAUCCACCACAAAUCGCUGGGAGUCAAUGGCCUUGACACCGAUCUGCCCACCGCCUUUGAAGCCAUCUUUCUUGACUCGGUCGCUGGCAAGGCCUUUUUCGCAACCUUCCAGAUCUUUUUCUACGCCCUUCGACCCAUGUUCAUAUACAGUCUGCCCAUGACAAAGAUUCACCUUUUCAACGUUGUCGUCCAACUGGCCUUUGACUACGUCCUGGUGCAAUACGUUGGUGGGCGGGCGUUGGGAUAUCUGAUCAUGAGCAGCUUCCUCGCUGGAUCGCUACAUCCUUGCGCAGGCCACUUCAUCGCCGAGCACUACGUCUUCGAGAAGCCCAACAAGGAUGCCUCGAACCCGGCCAACAAGAUUCCGCUCCCUGAAACUUACUCAUACUAUGGUCCUCUCAACCUGUUGACUUAUAACGUUGGUCUUCACAACGAGCACCACGACUUCCCUGCAAUCCCAUGGACGCGCCUGCAUGCUCUUAACAGGAUUGCACAUGACUACUACAAGGAUCUGCCCCAGCACAAGAGCUGGGUGUACGUGCUUUGGCAAUUUGUCUGGGACAAGGACAUUAGCCUGUGGUGCCGAGUCAAGAGAGAGGAGGGUGGAAGGAAAGUUGGUGCUGCAGGCGGAUGGAGCGAGGAGGAUUUGGGCUCAAACGAGAAGAAGGGCCCUAUUCCUGGUGUGUUGUAAAGUUUUGUGCACCAUUUGCAUGGCAGGCGUUGUGAACGGUAUGGUAUUUGGAUAAUAUACAAUUUAGAAUCAAGACUUUAUUACACCC